CUUAAAAAGUCUUAUAUUUCUUUCUUUGGAUAAAUAAAUAGGAAUAGGAUAAUAUUUUGUUUAUUUUCAACCCAAAAUAUAGAAAUAAAAUUAACAACAACAACAACAAUGGCGAUUCUUUCUUCAACUCCUCCGGUACUCCCAAUCUCACACCGAUCACGGACUUCUACAAGCCCCUCUUGCUUCACCACUUCAUUGGCUCCCACCAUCACCACCACCACCACCGCCUCCGCCGCUCGUUGCCGUCGCCGUCCCCUCUCAAUCGUUGCUGUCUGUACAGAUAACCAGACCAUUCCUCCCUUCACCAUCGACCACUCUACCGUCUGUGUCGCAGAGGCCUUCGCUGAGGACCAGCUCUGGGCCACUGCUUGUCUCCGUGUUCGCUCCUUCUAUGAUUUCCAGUCAAACUCAUUUCGUAUCGAAGAUCACAAAAAGCACUUGGCAGAGCGUGAGUUUGAAGCACUGAAAGAACGAAUCGCUGGAAAGAGGGAGGACUUUAAAAGAGUGUCUUGCAUAAAUGCUACUGUUCCGCUAUCUCAGAUAUCAAGUCUUUCUGAGGAUUUUUGUUCUGCAUGCAAGUUUUCUUACAAUGGAGAGGAACGAGUGGUAAUAGGGACGCUUGAUCUUAACCAAUGCAUUAGACUUCCAGAUGAAAUAGCUGGAAAAAAACCAGAGGGGAUUGGAGCUGAUUUUGCAAGGGCGUAUCUGAGCAAUGUAUGUGUAGCAGCAGAACUGCAUAGAAAUGGUUUAGGCUAUGCAGUUGUGGCAAAGUCGAAAUUAGUUGCUCAAGAAUGGGGUAUAUCCGAUCUGUACGUGCAUGUAGCAGUUGAGAAUGAGCCAGCAAAGAAGUUGUACUUAAAAAGCGGUUUUACUCAUGAAAGCGAUGAACCAGCAUGGCAAGCCAGGUUUCUGGACCGACCGCGAAGGAUUCUUCUAUGGACUGGUCUACCUGGUGUGCAACUAUAAUUAUAUUCAGUUAGUUUAGCUUUAUUAUCUUGUGUUAUGAUUUUACUUGAUUCAUCAAAAUGCCUUAGUUGCUUUCACGGGAUCAAAAAUUGAUAUUCCUCCUUAACUUGUAAAUGUAAAGCAAUGUAUGUCAAAGAAUAAAAUAUCACUUGUAAUUUUUAGAUGAGAAACAAUGCCACGUCUAAUGAAAUACUCAUAAACAAAUAAAUGUUAAAAUAGUGUUUGAUAUUAAUGAAUUAUGUUAAUUUUUAUGGAA